AAAAAGAAAGAAAAAAAAGGGGGCUGAAGUUAGGGUUUGAAAGGUGUAUAUGAAAGCCACCGAGUCAUCCACUCAUUUCCAGCUGCUUUGGGGAAGAGGACUAUCGUUUCCCUUUCAGAAUUUCCAUUUCAUUUCAUUCUUCUCUUGAAUCUUUCAUUUUUCGUUACAAAAAUCAUGGGAAAGGGUCCUGGUCUCUACUCUGAUAUCGGCAAGAGAGCUAGAGAUCUUCUUUACAAAGACUACCAGAGCGACCACAAGUUCACCAUCACCACCUACUCCCCCACUGGAGUUGCUAUUACAUCUUCAGGAACGAAGAAGGGUGACCUGUUUCUUGCUGAUGUUAAUACUCAGCUGAAGAACAAAAAUAUCACAACUGAUAUUAAAGUCGACACAAGCUCCAAUCUUGUGACAACUAUCACUGUGGAUGAACCUGCUCCUGGAUUGAAGGCAAUUUUUAGUUUCAAAGUCCCGGAUCAAAGGUCUGGUAAGGUGGAACUGCAAUAUCUCCAUGAUUAUGCAGGAAUCAGCACGAGUAUUGGGUUGACAGCCAAUCCUAUUGUCAACUUUUCUGGUGUUGUUGGGUCAAAUCUUCUUGCCCUUGGUACCGAUCUUUCAUUUGAUACCAAAACUGGAAACUUCACAAAAGUCAAUACUGGACUGAGCUUUGCCAACGCUGACCUAAUUGCAUCUCUGACCUUGAAUGACAAGGGUGAUACGUUGAGUGCAUCCUACUACCAUACAGUGAACCCUUUGACAAGCACCGCUGUUGGUGCGGAGGUUGCUCAUAGCUUUUCCUCCAACGAGAACACCAUCACGGUUGGCACCCAACAUGCACUUGAUCCACUGACCUCAGUGAAGGCUCGGGUGAACAAUUUUGGAAAGGCAAGUGCUCUUAUCCAGCAUGAGUGGCGUCCAAAAUCAUUCUUCACUGUAUCUGGUGAGGUAGACACGAAAGCAAUUGAGAAGAGCGCAAAAGUUGGGCUAGCUUUGGCCUUGAAGCCAUGAUAGGAAAUUUUAGUCACUAGUUUGCUAUGGCUGGAAGAAUUAAGGGUAGGGCUUCUGGUACAUAGCCGGACUUGUUUGUUCAGACUUUGAGAUGAUGUGUUGAUGUCACUCUUGCCAGUUGUUUUGGGUUGUCGAAAUAAAUGUUAAAGUUGAUGGUGUCAUUAAGCAGACCACUUUGGUUGGUGUACCCUCCCCUUUUUUUGCACUCUGAUCAGUCCCUUUCCAAACUGAGGCCAAUGAAAACUUGUUGAGAAGAUUUACCAUUGAGAUGUUGUUUCUAUUUA